UUGUUGUCCUUCUAUCUGCUCUGUUUCUGAGUGAACUAAUCAUGCCUUCCUUUCUUCUUCCCUUUCAACUAAGCCCACCUCCUCCUCCACCUCAAACAACCACCACCACCACCACCACCACUUCCAGUCUUUUUUGCGGAUUUCAAAAUUAUCCAACAAAACUCUACCAGAGUAAUAAAAAUUCAUUUCAAAUACGCAAAUCCAAGAAAAAUUUUCAUCACUACAAUCACAUUACAUUCUCAUGUUCAUCUUCUAGUUCAUCUUCUGAUUGGGAAAGAGAAGAAGAGAGAUGGUUGAGAGAAGAACAACGAUGGCAACGAGAAGAGAAAAGAUGGGUUCGUGAAGAAUCAAGAUGGAAUUUAGAACGUCAAUCUUAUCUUGAAGAAAUAGCUUCUUUGAAAUUCAGAAUUCAAAACUUAGAAAGACUGAAAAAUUCAACAGAUAUCAUUACUUCCUCCUCUUCAUCUUCUGGUAAUAAUAAGACUCUCACUGACAUUUCACCUUCUGCUGCUGCUGCACUAUUGCCUGGAGAAAUUAAUCAGAUUACUGAAAUUGGUUCAGGUCCUAGUCCAAUUCAGUUUCAUUCUGAGAUCCAACAAGAAGAUUAUAAUGAGGAGAUUGAGUUGAAGCCAAAAGAAGUUAGGGUUGUUGAGAAGAGCAUAAAGAAGAAGAGGUCUACAAUAAGAAAAGGUGCAGAAGGCGAAGACGUUCGUGAGAUGCAGGAUGCAUUGCAAAAAUUAGGCUUUUAUUCCGGUGAAGAAGAUGUAGAGUUUUCUAGCUUCGGAAGUGAUACUGAGCGUGCUAUAAAGUCUUGGCAAGCGUCAAUAGAUGCUCGUGAAGAUGGAGUUAUGACUGCUGAACUGUUGGAAAAAUUAUUUUCGGAGGUGGAAAUGGGGGAUACUGGUUCAGGAAUACCUACGGAGAACAAAGAAGUCGCUGCUACUAUGCCUCAUGUGGGAAAUGCAACAGUGACAGACCCCCCUGCAUUUUUGCGGAACUCUGCAAAGGAAAGUAGUUCUGAUGAAUAUGGACCAUCUCGUCGUAAUCGAGUCUUUCUUCUUGGAGAGAAUCGGUGGGAAGACUCGUCUCGGCUUAUUGGUCGUAAGGAUGGUGCCGACAAGAUGGCAGUGGGUACUAUGAGGUGUAUUACUUGUCGUGGGGAAGGUCGCCUUUUAUGCGAAGAAUGUGAUGGGACAGGUGAACCCAACAUUGAAGAACAGUUUCUGGAAUGGGUAGAUGAAGGAGCAAAUUGUCCAUAUUGCGAAGGCCUUGGGUACAACAUAUGUGACGUUUGUGAAGGUAAAACCAUAGUCAUUUCGUCAGGUUAAACGAGGCAACAGCUAUAAGAAGCACAGUAUGACAGAAAAGAGAAGACUGGAACGUUAAAGCUUAUACCAUUACUAAAUCCAAUGAAUUCUUCUACUACAACAACCACCUUGUGCACUACCAUCAAUGAAACGCAAGGCACGGUUAGUGCAGGCCUCGCCAGAGCGACCAUCAGAUAUGAACAUAGCAGGACAAGCUGUAAGCAUAUGUUAGUAUUUUUUACUGUAUUUUAGUUCAUGUAAAGGUAAGUAAGUUGUCCAACUUUAAAGGCAAUAUUCUAGAAGAAAUAUCAGUUGGUCAAGGUUUCUAGGAAAUGGGUAUAAAGUCUAAAUGUCUAGUGAUUUUCAGAGAUUGGUUCAACUGAAUCUAUUUAGUCCUUUAGAAUGGGAAACAUCAUUUUCAAAUACACUUUUGAAUCUUGUUAUUAUUAUUAUUAUUAUUAUUAUCUUUA